GCAAUCGCAAUUCAUCAGUCACUCUCACUCAUCUCUCUCUCUCUCUCUCGCUUUCUCUCUCUCUCUAAAACUUCUUCUCUACCAAACAAACAGCAGGGCAGGGGCAAAUGUGCCUGUGCCAACCCAGACCCACCUCCCCCUCUCGUCUCUAUCUCUCUCAAUUUAAGGCCAAGAUGAUGCGUAUGCUCUGUAGAGCACCCUCCUCCGCCAUGGCUUCCUUUCCUCGCUCUUCUGGGUUGAGGAGGGGCCUCUGUAUAUGGCCGGGUGGGAGACAGCUUUGCCUUAGGAAAAAUCUAUUGUAUGGAUUCAUGCGCUUCUUGUCAAUUCCAUACAAAACCUUACGCGGAGUUAGUCGAUCACUUGGAGUUUCUCACUUUUGUAGUGUUGUCAUGACAUCUUCCUCGUUGGAAGUUGAAAUGAUUCCAUGUCUCAGUGACAACUAUGCAUAUCUUUUACAUGAUGUGAAUACUGGCACAGUUGGAGUGGUUGACCCUUCUGAAGCUUUACCUGUUAUAGAUGCCUUGAGUAGGAAAAAUCGAAACCUGACCUACAUAUUGAAUACUCAUCAUCACUAUGAUCAUACUGGUGGGAACAUGGAGUUGAAAGAAAUGUAUGGUGCGAAGGUAAUUGGAUCAGAAAUAGAUAGGGACAGAAUUCCUGGCAUUGAUAUGGUUUUGAAAGAUGGAGACAAGUGGAUGUUUGCAGGCCAUGAAGUGCUUGUAAUUGAAACUCCUGGUCAUACCCGAGGGCAUAUUAGCUUUUACUUUCCUGGAUCACAAGCAAUUUUUACAGGAGACACUUUGUUUAGCUUAUCAUGUGGAAAGCUUUUUGAAGGAACCCCUGAGCAGAUGUUUUCGUCCCUUAAAAAAAUAGCGUCUUUACCAGAUGACACAAGCGUAUAUUGCGGACACGAAUAUACUUUGAGUAAUUCUAAGUUUGCUUUGUCCAUUGAACCUGGGAAUGAAGCACUAAAGUCCUAUGCUGCCCAUGUUGCCCACCUUCGUAAUAAGGGCUUGCCAACUAUUCCGACUACUCUGAAGAAAGAGAAGUUGUGUAAUCCAUUCCUUCGCACUUCAAGUAUGGAAAUUCGCCAGUCGCUCAAAAUUCCAGACACAGCAAAUGAUGCAGAAGCAUUGGGUGCUAUCCGCCAAGCAAAGGAUAACUUUUAGAAUUUAUCAUUAUUUGUGUAUAUAAGUAGUCAGCUCAUCAAAGCCUGAAGCAAAUACCUUGUUAUUUAUCGUUCCAAGGUUUCCUUAGAGAUUUGUAAGUUUCGGUUAUUUUUUCCCUUAAACGUAAUCAUUUGACAGCAAAAUGAGAAUUCAAAUUUGUUGAUGAUGAAGAAAAUAUUUGGUGAUACUUGUGAGCAAAGUUGUUUGGGAUAGAAA